CAACCAGUAAACACAAUGCUCUGCAUCUGAGUUGUGUUUGUGAAAGCAUUAGUGAGUGUCAGGUGUAAGGGUUCAGUGUUUAGUGUGGGGUGGACCAUGACUGUGUUGGAUAGUGUUGUUCUCCAGACUCCCAGUUUGGUGACUCUGCUGGGGACUGUGGUGUUUCUGCUGCUCCUCUACCUCCUCUCCUGCAGCUCCCAGGAACAGGGGAAGGAUCCUCCAGGACCCAGACCACUACCUCUGCUGGGGAACUUGCUGAUGCUGGAUCUCAAGAGGCCAUACCAGACACUCUGUAAGAUCUCUAGGCAAUAUGGAUCUGUGUUCACAGUUCAUUUUGGAUUGAAGAAAGUGGUGGUUCUAGCAGGAUACAAGACAGUAAAGGACGCUUUGGUCAACCAUGCUGAGGAGUUUGGUGACAGAGAGUUACCUCCCAUGUUCAAUGAUUUAAAUGAAGGACAUGGGAUUCUGUUUGCUAAUGGAGACUCCUGGAAAGAGAUGAGGCGCUUUGCUCUCACUACCCUCAGAGACUUUGGAAUGGGCAAGAAGAUGAGUGAGGAGAAGAUCAUAGAGGAGUGUGGAAACCUGAUUGAAGUGUUUGAGAAAUAUGAGGGUAAAGCAUUUGACACCACGCAGCCAGUUAAUUACGCUGUAUCCAAUAUCAUCUGUGCCAUUGUGUAUGGCAACAGGUUUGAAUACACUGAUCUUGAGUUCACCAAAAUGGUGGACCGAGCCAAUGAGAACAUCAGACUUGGAGGAUCUCCAUCAAUGCAGUUGUACAACUUGUUCCCUUGGCUUGGCAAAUUUCUGAGUACUAAACGUCAGAUUAAUAAGAACGCUCAUGCCAAUAAAAACCAGAUCAUGGACUUGAUCAGUUGCUUGAAGGACACUCUGAACCCUCAGAUGUGUCGAGGAUUUGUGGACUCCUUCCUCAGCAGGAAGCAGAUCCUGGAGGAAUCAGGAAAGAAGGACACCCAUUACCACAAAGAGAAUCUGACAAAUACAGUCGCUAACCUGUUUGCUGCUGGUACCGACACAACAGGGACCACACUAAGAUGGGGUUUGUUGCUCAUGGCCAAGUACCCCCGGAUACAAGACCAGGUUCAGGAGGAGAUCAGCAGGGUGAUAGGAAGUCGUCAGGUCUUGGUAGAGGACAGGAAGAACCUUCCCUACACUGAUGCUGUCAUCCAUGAGACCCAGAGACUGGCCAACAUUGUACCCAUGUCCCUCCCUCACGUCACCAGCAGAGAUGUCAACUUCCAGGGAUACUUAAUCAAGAAGGGGACUGUUGUGUUUCCUCUACUGACAUCAGUCCUGCAGGAUGAGAGCGAAUGGGAGAGCCCCCACACCUUUAACCCCGCCCACUUCCUGGAUGACAAGGGGACGUUUGUCAAGAGGGAUGCCUUCAUGCCCUUCUCUGCUGGUCGCAGGGUGUGUCUGGGGGAGGGUCUGGCCAGGAUGGAGCUCUUCCUCUUCUUCACCUCUCUCCUCCAACACUUUCGUUUCUCUCCUCCACCCGGGGUAACAGAGGAUGAUCUGGAUCUCACUCCAGCUGUGGGCUUCACCCUCAACCCCUCACCCCACAAGCUGUGUGCUGUCAGCCGGGUCUAGCACCAUGCCACACAUUUACAUGAUGACUUAAUGUACAGUAUAUAAGACAAGUUUGUAUUGGAUAAAGGAAGUAAGAAAUUUAGUCAAAUGAGAUGGUUGUGUAAACAGUCGAGUACACACAAAUUGGUGUCAGUAGCAGAGAAUGUAAAAACUAUGACCUUUGUUACCUUUGACAUAAUCCACACUGUAACCAGAAUAAAAGCACCAUUAAUGAUGUUUCUUCUGUACACUUGCAAGUAUUAUUCUGGAAUUAUUGCCAGCUUUC